GUUACCGCUGGCUCAGUCUCGGCUCGUCUGGGCUGAAGGCAACACGGAAUUCGCGGCGAAAAUCAUCAUCCCCUUUGAAAAUCCCCUCAAUCCGGAGCCCCGGGAGACGUUCUAAAGAUAGAAAACAGGAACCGUGUCGCGUGUGCCGCUCACCAAUAGUGUUUCAACAUCGUAAUAUUCGCAGGUUUCCUCAGGUUCGAGAGACUGUGAUUCGAAUGAAAUCUCGCCGCUUUCAUAUCGAGAGGAGUCCGCGUACGCGUACUCACGAGAGACGAGAGAAAUUUCGUCUGGCGCGUUACGAUACUCGCCUCUCUCUUCCGUGGACCGAGAUGAGGAAGAGGAAACAGGGUGCAGUACGACCGACCAACAAACAGGAGGAGAACUUUGGCAGCUUGUAAAUCGCGUUCGAAUCGAUUCGCGGUUGACGAUUCGUGGUACGCGAAACAUCGUAUCAGGAAAUCAGGGAAAUCGCGUAUCGCACAUCAGUAAAAAUUUUCGACACGUUGAAGGUGAAAGGACGUUUUUGAAAAGUGAUCUUCGAGUGAAUCGAGGAAAUCGAUCCAAAUUCAUCGUUAUAUAUGAAUCCGUAGCAAGAUUCAAAGAAGAUAAAUCAAUAAUAAAAUAAAAAGUGCUAAAUUUUGCUAAAUUUGAACACACAGAUUUAUUUAUGAAUUGAAUUUUAAAUCAACACAAGGACUUCUUAACUUUUCACACCAACAUUUGACGCAUUUUCGAUAAAGUUAGCCUCGAAUGGAGUAGAUCGUUAACCCAUUGGAAAUCCAUGUUAAAUUCGUAUCUUAAAUCAAUUAUUAAACUAUUCGUAAAAUUAUGAUAAUUAUGAACAUGAUUCGAAAAUGAUUAAUUCCGGAAAAUACGAAAAUUCAUUUUCGUUCUAUAAUCUUGAAUUGGUGGAUCGAUUAAUAAAAUUAAUCUGGUGAAACGCUUCAGGCGAGUGAUUCGAUCAAACUCUGAAAGGAAAAGGAAACGAUUGCUUGGUUGAUCAAAGUUUGUUCGUUCGUUCGUUCGUUUUCUCGUCGGAUUAAUUUCUAUCAUGGUGUAAAAAGAUUCAUCAUUGACGCGAGGUCAUCGAAUGUUUUAACGCCAAACUUAAUAUUUCUAUAGAGGUUAUGAAUAUUUUUCGUGGUAUUAAAGUUUUGUGGAUAAAAGAUAAAUAGCAAUUGUGUUGGUGAUUUUUUUUUAUUCAUCGAGAAGAAAGGAAAACAUAAGCCAACUCGAUAUGGGUUGCGAACUUGGCAAAUUGGCUACACCGAAUCAACCCACCACAGAUCCACGACUUCCGCUUACGGCAAAACAAAAAUUUACGGUUAUGGCCAGCUGGAAAGCUGUAUCCAGAAAAUUGGAGACGACUGGUGUCUUUAUGCUUAUGAGAUUGUUCGAAGAAAAUGAAGAAUUAGUACAGAUGUUCUCACGAUUUUUGGAUUUAAAGUCGAAAGAAGAACGAUUCGAUAUGGUAGAAUUAGGAAAACACGCAGAAAAAGUAAUGGGUGCUUUAGACGAAGGUAUCAGAGGCCUUGACAACAUGGAUGAUUUUUUGACAUGCCUUCAUCAAGUCGGAGCCACGCAUACAAAGAUACCUGACUUCAAUCCACAAUAUUUUUGGAAAAUUGAGCAACCAUUUCUAGAAGCUGUGAAACGAACUUUAGAAGAUCGAUAUUCGGAAAACGUGGAGAGCACCUACAAAGUGACAAUCAAAUUUAUCAUCGAGACGUUGAUCGAUGGAUUCGAUAAGGCGCAAAACGACAAGGCACAAACUAGUACCGCUAAAUCCUAGUUGUCUUAGUCAAUAAAGAGAACUCCUUCCUCCCUUCCAAAAAAAAAAAAACAAAAAGAAAAAAAAGAAAUAUGAUUUGCCGCUUUAUCUUGUUUUCGAAGAGUUUCAGACUUCGAAAAGCGGAAUUCGAAAACGAUAAAAUUUGAUCGAUAAAUAACAAUGAACGGACGGAUCGCUCGAUCAUCAUGAGCGUUCUUUUAUUAUCCUUUAUUAUAAGAAUAUCUCCGUGUUUCUCCGAAUUAUACGAUGUUUAUUAUACGAUGUCGUCACGAUCGAAUAUUCGACGGAUAUGGGAAAAAAGACAAAUUAUCGUCAAAUAUCGUCAAAUUAUCGUGAAAUACGUCAACGUUCCAAUAACAUUCUUUUUUACAUAGAAAGAGCGCGAACGAUGCGGUCCUAUAGAUCGAUUAGGUUCGAAAAUCUUUUUCCUUCGAGCAGGUCUCGAUCAUGGAAAACAAUUCAUGAAAAAUAAAUAUAUUUAUAGUUUAGAGUGGAACGAAUAUAGAAAUAAAAUUUCUUUUUCCUAUUAUCAUAACUUCUAAUAGCGAAUAAAUGUUGCCUUCUAUAUAUAUACAUGAAUUAUCGAUCAAUUUUUUAAGAUCACUUUAUAAUAUUUAAGAAUUAUUUUUCUUGGUUUUUUAAAAUUAUUUUAUAAUAAUAUAUUGUUUUUAAAAUAACAUUUCUCCCUAUCUAAAAAUUAAUUUUGAAUUAGAUUUGGAAUAGAUUAAAGAGAAUUCUUAUUGGGGAAGUAAGAAUUUUUAAUUUUCAAAUUUAAAUUUAAAUCAUUUCAUAAAUAAUAUUGUAUUAAAAAUCUAGUUUUAGUUGAAAAAGACUCAUUCAUUAUAAAUUUUAAAAUACAAUCGAAUUAUCUUAGCUUUAAUAAUUUAUAUGAUAAAUAAACUUUAUUUAUCAUUUAUAAAUAAACAAAAAAAACAAAAAAGCAAAGGAACAUUUUCAAAUUGUAUUGAAAAAAAGGAAACAAAAAAUAAAUAAUUUAAUUGUCAAAAAUAUUCCAAUAAUUAUUAUCUUAUUUUAUCUAUCGCAAAACUUCUGGAAUCGUUGCAAAAUCAUUGAAAAUCCAAAUACGAUCGCAUAGUAAUAUUAAAAAAAUUUAUUUAAAAGAAAAUGUUAAUAAAUAAAAUAUUAAUUAUUUAAAAUAAAUUUUAAAUAAAGAAUAACAUUUGUAAAAAAGAUAUUGCUCGUAAACAACAAAUAUGGUUAAUAAAAUAUCAAUCAAAAAUAAAGCAUACAUAUAAUUAUUUCACUAUAUUUUUAACACAACAUUACUUAUGUAAUAAUAUAAUAUUGCGAACAUAUAUAUACUUUUAUAUAUAUUAAUUUUAACGUAUUAACAAAUUUAUAAUAUAAUAUAAAAUAAAAAUAAAAAUUAAAAUUAAAAAGUUAAAAAAUAUGUUUUAAAAGAAAAUAAAAAAUUAAAACUUAGAAUUUUUAAAAAUUAAUUUUAUAGAAAUUUACAUGAAAAUUUUUUACACAAAAAUUCUAGAAUAUUAUAUAAAGGCAAAUUUUUUUCACUAUUAGAAAAUGAUCAUAUAAUUUUAUUUUUUCCAUUCCACCCUAAUACGAUUAUCGUAUCGCGCACGCGAUCGUUUCGGCCCAAGACGAAACGAAUCUUUAACUCUCUUGACGGCCAAAGAUAGCAAGUGUGAUUAACGCGUUCUUAUUUAAUGUUUAUCAAUUUCUCAAUUCACGGAGAAAGAUUUUUCUUUUUAAAAUUAUUUCUAUCAUCUAUCAAUAUACAUGAUCCUAUAAUCUUUUUGCGAUUCAUACAUAUACGUUGAACGUUGUAGAAUGGCAUCGUUCAAGAUACGAUAAAAGAGAAUAAGUUAAAUGUUAUUUCUUAUCUUUUUUUCGUUCUCUCAUUAUUUCAAAUAAUCAAAUAUUUAAUAAAUACAUUUAAAAAUAAUUUAUUCCCAAAUAUUAUUAUUAUUUCAAAUAAUUAUUUAUUAUUUUUUUAUUUUAUUCGAAAUUUUUUUUCUAUUCGUUAUUUAUUUCUAUUUCAAAUAAAAAGUGUCCAAUUUUGUACGAGAACGUAAAUAAUUAUUUUUUUUAUCACAAAAUGUACUUUGAAGUAUAACUUAUUUCAAAAUUAGAAAAAAAUGAAAAAAAAAUUGCGCUUGAAUUUGUUUUAAAAAAUAGUAUAUUCGACAUACAAAGUAUACACACAUUUUUUUUUCUUCUUUUUUGCAUGAAAAUCGCGAUCGGUACUUUACUAUAUCCGCCACGAGCAUACCGUUCGUCGUUAAUUCGUGUGUCACGGAGCGUUUCAAAGUUGUCUCGUUACAAGGGAGCAAUAUUGGAAAGUGCUACAACGAGUAACAAAAAAAUCGAUAACCUGUAUUCUCUCAAAGUACAGAAUCCAUUAGAACGCUUAUAAGCGUGACAAGAUCCAAUGACGCGUGUUCGAAAAAAGAUUAUUAAUAAAUCGUACAAUUGAAACUCGAUGUCAACUUCUCCUAAACUCGACUCGUUCGUUUAGAUUCGAUAAGGAAAGAGGAAAAGAAAUGACAGACGAGUAAUUGUUCGAUAAUGGACCAAUAUUUUUGAAUUAUAAAUAUGGUAGAAUGAAUAAAAAGUAUGUUAUACGAACGAAUCAAGUAUUCGGAUAAAAAAAUUUUCAUAUAAUAGAACAAGAGAGUUUGAUACACAAUUUUUAUGUAUCUAUAAUAUUAGGGGCACCGAGAAGUAACGUCGCUUUUUUUUUCUUUUUAUAAUAAAUUUUAUUAAAUUGUUUGAUCAUUCGUUUUUUAUAAAUAGUUAAUUUUUUAUAAUUAAUCAUCGUUUUUCGAUUAAUCUUAUUUAAAAAAUGUAAAUAACACAUAAUAUAUUAUUAUAUAAUUUAUAUAUCUUAUAAAUAAAAAUAAAAAGAUCAUAAUACAGGCAUGGCAAUGAAUAAAAUAAUUUCGUACGCAAUAUCAAUUCUAGAUUUACGUAAUAUUUAUUUAUGGAAAUAAUUAUUUUCUUAUAUCCACUAUGAAAAUUGUAUCUAUAUAAUUAUUGUUCGUUAUUUCGAUAAGAAGAAUUCAAUUAUAACGCAUUGCAUAAAAAUGUACGUUGAAAAUUUUAUAAUCGAACGAAACAAAUAGUACGAUUCUCCAUACAAAUUUUUCAUCGCGUAUAUGCUCGCGUAAGAAAAGAAAAAUGUUUCACGUUCAUCGAACAUAUUUCGCAACAUGAUUUUUAUACAUAUCUAUAGUGACAAAAUGAAAAAGUAGUAGCGCGUCACCUUUGACCGUCAAAAGACAAUGAUAUAGAUUUUUACUCGUGGAAUUAUGGGAGAAAAUAUACGGGAAAAAAAUAUAUGCGAACAUUAGGAUGCAUUUUUUUGCGAAAUGUCAAUUUCCUAGGUGGUUCUUGAUAUAUGGAACACCUUUAUUUCUGUAUUAUCUUCCUCGCCGUAUAUAUAUGUAUAUCUAUCUAUAAUUUCUCUCCGAGGUCAAUUUAUUUUUGUAUCUCGUUACCGAGGAAAUCAAAUCGUCAUUGUUUAAUAAAAUUAUUAUAUUGUCUAUAUGAAAUUGCAGAACACGCAAAGUCAACGUCAUGACUUAUCAAAAGUCUUUUUCAAAAGUUGUACAUUUAUAGAAUCAUAUGUAUUUAUAUUAUAUAUAAUAAUAAUAUAUAUUUAUAAUAUUUCGAAAAUGAUUUUUAAAAAAAAAUAAAAAGUUUUACGUUACUUGUCAAACAAAUAAUGAUAGUAAAAAAAAAUAAAUUUUAAUUUUUAGCUCUUUGCAAACUAAUGUGAUUCUUUUCCAAAUUUUAUGUAAAAUAAAUUAUGUAUUUCAAGUUAAAAGCAUCACUUCUAAAAAAUAUAUCUAUGCAAUGCAUAUAUACGUAUGUAUCGGAUUGAUCGAAAGCUUUUCUAACUUUAUUAUAUUAUGUCAUUCCUUGUCAAUGAAUAAUAUUGUAAAUAUUUUUCGUUUAAAUAAACACAUAUGUACCGCAAUGUGAAAUUUCUGUAACGAUUAGUAAAAUCACAAUGUUUUUUAUCGAAGAUAAUCUUAUUAGUGAUUUUUCAUCAGUUAUCAGUUAAUAAUAUUCUAUUAAUUAAAGCAAAAUCGUUCAAAUAUUUUAAUAAAAUAUAACAUUAUAUUUUUAAUUUUUUAAUUUAUUUUUUAUAUCGUCCCUUUACAUUUUAUUAUUACUACAUAUAAUUUUUACGUACAAUUAAUUAUUAUUAAAAAAUUCAUGACAAUGUUCUUUUAAAAGAAUAAUAUACACAAUUUUUGCAUCCAUUUAUAUUUUCAUAAAGAAACAUCGAGAAAAAAGAUUAAAUUCAAUAGUUUAUCGCAUUGUUAUUAUCAUUGUUAAAAAAAAAUCAAUGUAUCGAUGAUAUAUAGCGAAUUCGAUUCAUCGUUAUGUUAUUUUGGAAAUAUAUUAUUAAUAGUAAUAAUACAUAAAAAUAAGCGAGAGGCCUACUUUAAUCUUAAAAAAAUAUAAUCAUAAUAACCGUGUUACUUCUUAAUAAUAUAAUUCGCUAAUUAUUUUAUAAAAUUGUUCCUCGAUCAACGAGUUACAAAAAGAAAAAACUAUUUUGCCUCAGAGAGAAAAUACGUGUUCAAUAAUAAGUGGGAAAAAUAAAUAUGUAAUGCGAGAUUCACAUUAUACACGAUCGUUCGACUUGAAGAAAUUUUGCAUUUCGCAUAUGUCUACAAGUAUUGUUUAUUGGCAUAAUUGGCAUUUCAGCGAUGCUAUUAAAAAUGAAAAUAAACGUUAAACGUUAUAAUCCAAUGAUAAUUUUUUUUAUUUUUUCUUUAUUUUAUUUAUUUAUUAUUUUUUUUUAAUACCAUUAUUUUUCAUACGCGUGUCGUUGAAAUUGAUUUUUGAUUCGGUCUAAAUAUAAAAAAGUUGACCAUCGUGUACGAUGCGAACAUAUUCUUAUUAGUUAAGAAAUAAAAUCAACAAUAAGAUCAAUAAGCUAGAUAAGAAAAGACAAAAAAGUCUUCGCGAUUCAUAACCACUUUGCUUCUAAUUUCAAAGAGAUUCGAUCAACAGAAUUUAUUCUCAAACAAUUCUCGUUAAACGUAACUAAAAUGUUGUAUAGCGUUGUUAUAAAUAAUUAGAAAAAUGCCAUAUCUAGAUAUAUAACUGAAAAAUGUAAAAUACAAAAUCUACAAAAUAUAUCUUUUAAUUUUAUACACAAUUUAUGUAGGAAGAUAAAAGGAAUAGCAAAUAAUUUUAUUAUUAAUUAUCUUUGACUUAUGGAAUUUAUGGAAUAAUUAUCUAAGCAUUAAUAUAUCGGUAUCGUAUCAUUAUAUUAUAAUUUUAGCGAUAAAAUAACACGAUACUUUUAUUUUCUAUUCUAUUCAUCGUUAUUAGCAUAAUUCAUCGAUACGAUAAAGAGAAACAAUUUCACAAGAUUUUUUAUAUAAUUUUGAAUUAGCUAAAAAUAGCAAAAGUCAUUGAAAAUUUUGAAUAUAUUUCUUCAAUAAUCGUUACAAUUAUAUGACAUUUCCUUUUAUCUUCCACAUUAUUUCGCAUAAUUAUUAUUAUAAUUUAUUUCUCUUUUAUUUUCUCUUUAUUAAUAAAAAAGCGUAAAAUCAAAAUACGUUAUUGAAAAGAAACAAUUUUUAUGAUUUUUCCAUUAUUAUAUAUCAUAUUUUAUAUUUAACGCAAAUAUUACACUUAUAAAGAAUAAAAACGCGUCGUAACAAGUAUCGUUUCAUUUUAACGAACUACGAUGCCGUUCUAAUAAAUAUUACAUGAAUAUUAAAAAAAAAAAAAAAUUUGUACAAAAUCAUUAUACAGAAUGACGGCGAAUUUGUUUCUUUCUUUUUUUUUAAUUCCAGAAAAUUUAUCACAAUGUACGAAAAUCUGCGAAACUACGUACGGCAUAUUGGACGCAUAUGGUAAGGAACUAUUCGCUCGAUUUAGAAUAACCGAACAUUUCCUCGAAGACACAUCUUUUCUUCUUCGAAAGAAACAGUUCCCUCGUAAAUCAUUAUACAAUUUUUAUAUGUUAAAUACAGCUUCGUAUCGUGAAAAUGAAAUUAUACAUAAAAAAUCAAGUGCCUACAUCAUUUUCAAUUUAAAUUUAUUUUUCAAAAUAUCGACGUUUCGAAUUUUCAUUUCAUUCGUAAAUCGCUUUUCAUUCCAUGUAUAAAUUUCAAAAAAGUAAAAGAAUUCUUAUCGUAACCGUCUUAUGCAUAACAUAUCUUGAACUAAUAAAAAAACGAAACAGUUUAAAAUGAAAGAAAAUAAUAUACACAAAAUUGUAUUCUUCUUUUGCGCAAAAAUAUGCUGUAUAUAAUCACAAAAGAGCACAAUAUAUAUAUAUAUAUAUAUAUAUAUUCCUAAAUUCACAAUUAUGCAAAUAUUACAUUAUUUCGUUCGUUUAUUCUAUACAAAUGUAUCAUUCAAUGGAAUAUAUUAUAUAUGAAAAGAAAAUACACAAAUGCACACACACAUAUAUAUACAUAUUUUUUUUUCAUAUUUUAUCUGUAUAUAAAAUUUAUAAAUAUUCCGUUAGUCUUCUUUUAUUCACAAUUCGCUAUAUAGAUCAUUUCCAUCAAUUUCAUAUCAUUUCUAUCUAAUAAUAAUACAUUGUAUCGCACAUAUGUAAGUAAGUAAGUAUACAUAUACAUUACUUAUCUUCGAGUACUCAUGUACUCACGUAUUCGCGUAUAAUACUAAAAGAUUUUCAAGGCGUUUAUCGCUAUUAAAUCACUGUUAAAUCAUGUUAAUAAACGUACUUGCGUUGAAACAUAUUGAAUCAAUCAAUAUAGGAACGAAAUGUUCCAAUAAAUGUUAUUUUAAUAAACAAUUGUAUAGACGUAGUAAA